AUGGCAGUGCCUGCCCAGCACUCACCCACACCAUGGUCUUCGUCUCCUCUUGCCUGCAUUACUAGCCUUCAGCCUGAGGAUGAGGAGGAUAAGAUCAAUGCUCUCAUUAAAGCAGCUGGUGUAAAUGGUGAGCCUUCCUGUCAUAGGCUUUUUUUUGCAGAGGCUCUGGCCCAUGUCAACAUUGGGAGCCUCAUGUGCAAUGCAGGAUCUGCUGGACCUGCCCUGCCAGCUAGUGCUGCAUCAGCAGGAGUCCCUGCCCCUUCUACCACUGCUGCACUGGCUGAGGAGAAGAAAGUGGAGGCAAAGAAAGAAGAAUCUGAGGAGCCUGAGGAUGACAUGGGCUUUGACCUUUUAGACUAA